GUUAGUGAUAAGGUAGCCCAGUGUCGAAAAUGGUUGCCAGCUGGCCACAAACAGUGGAAUAGUUUGUUUCGAAAGCCCUGCACUCUGGCUGCCAGCUGGUCACAAACGGUGGAAUCGUCUGCCUGGCAAGCCUCAUCUAAAAUUUGUCCAAUAAAUUGAUAUUUUGCUUUUAAAAUUAAAAGAGGAAAGUUACCUCGGAAUGCUGCAAUUGCACAAGUUCCGGAUGAAAAUGUUUGGUAAAAUCUUAAUGGACAGAUAGCUUUAGCGGCAUAUUCGAUGUUAGAGAUCUAAUACAGCCAGACACCAGUGAGGGAAUUAUCAUAGAGUGUUGUAUGACUUCCUCUAACGAUUUCAUCAAUGUCAUCCAAUAUCCAAACGACAAAAUGGAUGGCUAAUCUCCAAUCCUGAUAGGGCCGAGCCAUGCGCACAGAAUCAUCGGGCAACAUUUCCUGUUAAACAUCAUAUCAUUAUGAGGUCACAGAAAUUACUUUAGAAAUAUAGCAGGCUAGAUUGGCGAGCACCCCACCCCGAGGUUAGCAGUUCUGGGAUGGCAGUGUUGGCGAGAAUAUUACUAGCCUUGAUCCCAGUAAAAUGUGUUGCAGCUGCCAUCGUUUUUAACAAAGUAUGCUGAGUUACAUCUCCGACAUGGCUGUCCAAGUACCUAAAAUUCGGAAAAAUGUCAAAGUAAAACAAAUCGCUGGUAUCUGUGGUGUUUUUGUUGCUCUAUUUUUGUUGUCAGCAAUAAUUACUUCUGCAAUCCUGUACCUAUUAAAAAAACCCACUAUGGAUAUUCGAACCCGUAGAGUAGUCGGCUCGGUUAGAAUUGAAGAAAUUCGUGGGAAAAGCUUGGAAUGGACCGAAGAUAUGCGAAAUAUAUCAUCUUCACCACUGAAGAAAACAAUGGAGAAAGUUGUUUAUAGAUGCCUGUAUUCCUUCAAACCUCAAUCAGUCGUAAUCACAAAAAUGGAGCAAGACGAAUUUGCUAGAAUAUUGAAAGUAAAUAACAGAGGGAUUGUCGUUCACUGGAGUGCAUUAUUAGAUGAUGAUACGGACAAUUCUGAUAGCGCAGUUGCAAUGGCAGUGAUGGACUGUGAGGAAGACAUACUUUUGGAACCCGAAUCUGUCAGCGUCGGACUGGAAUCCAUGCAAGAAUCCAGAAUGUUCGAGUCGUUAGAAACGUUCCUGUUGGAUACCGAUGAAGAAUUUGAUCUUCGAAACAUUGAAUUUUCGACAGCGACCCAUCCUAAAUUUACAAAAGGCAACGUAUCCUGCCCACCAUUGGAGAAUCCCGAACAUGGAUCUGUUCUUCCAAUAUCUUGUACACUUCCUGACCACAUCGAUGUCGGACAUACUUGUAAAUUUUCAUGCAUAUCCAAUCGAACAAUGUUGGGUGAUGACACCCUAACAUGUCUUGCAACUGGAACAUGGAAUCGUUUAUCGCCCAUUUGUACACCUUUUUGUACGCCUCUAAUUCGGCCUUUCAAUGGCGGCAUUUAUCCAUCAUUGUGUACUAACUCAUCUGCUAUUCGACCAGGAUCAAGAUGUUUUUAUUAUUGUGACUCGAAUUAUAUACUUGAUGGUAGCUCUGUUACUUGCUCCUCAAAUGGACAAUGGAAAGGAAUCAUCCCUUUAUGUAAAAAAACUUGUGCACCACUUAGCAGGCCGGAUCAUGGAGUUGUUUUGCCGACACAUUGUACUGAACACAGAGUUCCUGUCGAUUUUAUAUGCAGUUUUGAUUGUGAUGAUGGUUAUGCUGUUUCUGGGAAUCCUUCGCUUACUUGUGAUGUGAACGGAAGAUGGAAUUCACCGCAGCCGACGUGCAGAAAGGGCUGCUCUUUGCUUCAGUUACCUGCUAAUGGGAUGAUAAACCCACCUUCAUGCAGUUCAAAUAAUAUAAAUAGUGGUGAAGUUGUGGAAGGAAUCGUUUGCAUUUAUUCUUGUAAUGAUGGUUAUUUGCUUCAUGGCAACUCACAGCGUAUGUGUGGAGAAGGUGGAAUAUGGACUGGAAAACAACCAGAAUGCAAGAGAAUAUGUGGGCGAAUUUCGAUUCCUCCAAACAUGAAUGUUCAACCACAGUCUUGUAGAAAUGAGAUUUCUGUUGAGGGAAUGCAGUGUGAUUUUAUAUGUGAUGAUCAGUACGAUUUAUUUGGAGAAACAAGUUCAAUAACCUGCCUUGGGGAUGGCAAUUGGAGCAUACCUGAUGCUGUUUGUUAUAGAACAUGUUCAUCAUUGCCACAAGUUUUCAAUGGUGAAAUACGUCCAGGGUUGUGUGUAAAUUCAGAGAAAGCUAUACCUGAAGGAACCGAUUGUGAAGUUCAUUGCAGUGAUGGAUUUUUUAUAUUAGGCAAUUCACAAGUUUCAUGCUCGCAUCAAGGAUACUGGUCAGGCAAUGUUGGAAAAUGUCUUAAAAAAUGUGAAAGAGUUCUUACUCCUGAUUUUGGCAUGGUUUCUCCAAUUAACUGCAGUCUUGAUGAGGUGUUUGAAGGUACUCAGUGCCACUUUUCUUGCAAGGAGAAGUAUAGCCUGAAAGGAACUUCUGAGAUUAUAACAUGUCUGGGAGAUGGAAGCUGGGAAGGAUCUGUUCCAGAAUGCAUUUCCGAAGACAGAAUAAUGAUCAUUCAAGAAUCUCAAUAUUACCAAGUGUGUAUCAUUGGAAACAUUUUUGGAGCUAUAACAGUGGCCCAAUUAGAUGAAUGUCCAUAUCUGCCUGACACUCAAUGGUGGAUUCCAACCAUACACGGACAAUUUCUUAAUCUUGCACUUGGCAAAUGUGCUAGGAAGAAUGGCUUAGUGUUGGAAUUGAGUGAGUGUGAUUCCAGUGAUGUAAACCAGAAAUUUAUAUGGGUUGAAGAAGAAGGUUUUCAGUCUUUUUCUUUAAAUCCUGAAUUCCACAAUGGCUAUAUGUCAUUCCCCUACAUCAGUCCAUCAUCUUCAUAUAAUCAAGUGAAGUUACAUCUUGAAAAGCGGACGGAAUUCACAUCAUGGUAUCCAGUCUCAUCGAAUGAUAUUCUCAGUCUUUAUGGCGGUUCAGAUAAAGGAAAUUGUCCAACAUUACGACCGUCAACAUCUAUUGUCAACCCUCCUAAUUGCACAAAUGAUUUGAAUGUGAUGAACGGCACAGUAUGCAAUUUCACUUGUCAUGCAGGAUAUAAAUUAUAUGGACCUUCAAAUCGGACAUGCUUCAAUGGUCAUUGGGAUAAAAAAUACCCAACUUGUAGACGAGCAUGCUUUCCUCUAACUGAACCAUUGAAAGGAAGUGUAACAGUUUCAUGCAAAGAUGGUUUACAAGACCAAGGAACUGUUUGUUUAUAUGAAUGUAUUGAUGAACAGCAUCAAUUAUAUGGAGAAGCUGUUACAACUUGUCUUCCACAAGGACAUUGGAGCUCACCAACACCUGUGUGUAAAGAGUUGUGCCAGCCAUUGUCAGAAGUUCUACACGGUAUAGUUCAACCUACAAACUGUUUGGAAAUUGCGAGUUCUGUUGGUACAGAUUGCAAUUUGAAAUGCACAUUUCCUUAUCUUCUUCAGGGUGUUGCGAAUCGUACAUGUAUGGAAGAUCACUCAUGGACUGGUGAUUGGAUGUGUAUUCGUGGAUGCAAUGUUCCUUCACAAAUAGAUAAUGGUUUUGUGACAUGCGACACUGAAUCAGUAUACGAGGGUACUGCAUGCAGCUAUAACUGUGAUAAUGGUUAUCAUUUUUCCAAUUACUUGGACAAUGACACUGUAAUUCGAAUAUGUCAGUCAAAUGGAUUGUUAAAUGGAUCAAUUCCUCAGUGUAAAAUGGUGUGUCCCCCACUUAGUGGAAUACAGAAUGGAGAAAUCUCACCAGAGAACUGCACUAGUGCUUCCGUUUUUGAAGGUGAAAUUUGUAAAAUAACUUGUGAUAUGGGGUACAGGUUCAAAGGUGAAAUGUCAGAUGUCAUGUGUCUGUCAGAUGGUACAUGGCAAACAACAGAAUAUCUUUGUGAAGAGGAAGUUCAAUUUGUAUUAUUCAAUGAUGUGACGGUCCCACAAGUGUGUGGCCGUAUGGAUGAAACAGUUGUUGGUUCCCUUAUGAAGAAGCUUGAGUUGUCACAUUAUAACUGUCAUUAUUUAAUGUCCAAAACACUGUGGACUUGGGAAGGUGACAUGCUCAAACAUGUAGUUUCAGGAUUAUGUCUUGCUGUACAAGACAUGUCAACUCAAAGUUUUUCUCUCGUUCUUCUGAGAGUUUGUGAUGAAGAUGAUCUAUCACUACAGUGGACUUGUGAACAUGAGUACAUGCUUAAACUCUCUUCUAAGCCACUCUAUAUGAGUGCCAGUAGUACAGACAAUUUAUUUAUCAUUGUCAAGGAUAACAAAGACUCUGCGAUAAAAUUGGAUUUUAUGUGGAAAUCAACCCCAGUGAAUAAUCAGUCUGAUACUGGUGGACCUUGUAAGACUAAACUGAAAAGAUGUCACAAAUUUGAUGCUCUUGAACAUGGCUCUAUCUCUCCUUCAGUUUGUAAUUCUGAAUCUCAAUAUGAUGCAUUUGUUUGCAAUAUUUCAUGUGAUGAAGGUUAUUUAAUAUACAAAACUGCAUUACAAACAAUAUCUGUAUCUUGCCAGGCAUAUGGAGCUUGGAGAGCAACAGUCCCCUUAACUGUCGAUGCUUUACCUCCGAUUUGUCGUAAAUCCUGUCCUGCAUUGACCAUACCUGCAAGAGGGAAUAUUGAUCCUAUUAGUCCAUGCGUCAAUGGUACCUCUCUGUAUGGAGCUGUGUGUCACUUCAAUUGUGACUAUAUGAAUGUACUCGAAGGCCCUGAAGUUUUAGUUUGCGGUAUUGAUGGCACUUGGUCUGAGCCACCACCCCUGUGUCGCGCCAUCUGUAUUCACCAAGCUAUGAAGCCGGGAAGUCAUGCUGGUUCACCUAUUAUUGAAUACCCAUCUAUAUAUGGAUGCGUGGACAAGAUACACUAUGCAAGAUCUGUCAGGGAAGGAUCAACUUGUUAUUAUCAUUGUACUGGUGGAAUGCAUGUAUUGAAUGGCACUGAAUCCAGGACGUGUCAGGCUUCUGGUCAAUCAAAAAUUACUGGUCAAUUUGAUCAACCAUUGCCUGAUUGCGUAUUUCCAACUGCAGGAAAUUUGAGCCAUGACAGUAUUUCCGAUUGCCCUCAUCCACCCGGAAAUCCAUCAAAUGUAUAUCUUUGCUUACUUGAUGAUUCAGACCCCACUACAACAAGAUUGUGUGCUAACUAUACAUGUGAUCCUGACUCUGUUCUCGUUGGUGAUUCUAUCUCCCAUUGCAAUAUUGUCAAUAGCUCCUGGCCCUCACCUCCUGUUUGCAAGCGCAGAUGCAAAGAUAUUUCAAAUGAAUGUAAAGAUAUGUAUGAUGGUGAGGUGUGUUAUUAUAGAUGUAAAUAUGGGUCAUUUGCUCAUGGAAAUGGAAUUUUAUUAUGCCGAUCAGACGGGACUUGGAAUGAUACCGUACCAGCAUGCAUUGUUCAAGAAGAGUUUUACGUUCAAACUAGAAUAUCCGUAUCUCCACUGAUCAAUGAUUAUUGUCUUCUGCCAAAUACAUUCGGAGCUCCAUAUAUAAAUUCUGCAGUAGUAGUUGAGGAAUGCGGAGGUCAAGUAAGGGCUCGAUGGAUAUGGCUGAAUAAUUAUAAUAUAAUGCAUGCUCCGAGUGCAUUGUGCUUGACAGCUCCGUUAGUUAAACAUGGUGCCAGACUAUUUCUUGCAAUUUGUGAUCCAUUGGACAUAAGACAACAAUGGGACUGUUCAACUAAUUUGGAAAAACCAUUCAUAGUUAUAUCAAAAGCAAAUCCUACUUUAGUUCUUGCAACAACCCGUGCCUUGAAAGAGUACGGUCUCCAUUACUACUAUGCAUGCAUUGUUGAUUUAUCAUUAUUGGACAAGAAGAAUCUUCGUUCUACAAAUUGGAAUACUGAUAUAUUUGAUGCAAAAGGAACUAUUUGUCAUCACCGGCUUAACCAGGCUAAUUGUCCUCCUUUAAAAUCGGGAUUGCCUAGUGGAGGCAAUGUGUCACCUGCGUCGUGCCUUGAGGAAUGGUCACCAAAGGGACGAUCGUGUUUGUGGUUUUGUACCUCUGGAUAUCAAUUAACAUCACCAAACUAUACAGCUAUAGAAUGCAACAAUGGUCUUUGGAAUCCUAUGACAAUAUCAUGUCCAAGAUCUUGUGCACCACUUAACCAUCCAUCUAAUGGAUUGCUUAUAGACUGUGCUCCUAAUAUGAUACCCGUAGAAGGCACUACAUGCAAUAUUGAAUGUGAUGAAAAUUGUUAUCCUAUUGGAGAAACUGCUAGGAUAUGUCAAUGGGAUGGGUCUUGGAGUGGCAGUGCAUUCAAAUGUGCAAAAUCUUGCAAUGUGCUGCCUUUGAUGUCAAAUAUCAUUAUAUUACCAACUACCUGUACUGAUGAAAAUGAAGCAUCUGUGGCAGGAACAACUUGUACUUAUUCAUGUGGAAAUGGUUAUCACAUGGCAAGUAAGGAAAUUACGAGAACUUGUUUGGAAGAUGGGACGUGGUCUGGAGUUGAACCCACUUGCAUCCGUGUGUGUCCCCAUUUGCCUGAAGUUCUAAAUGGAAAAGUGUCACCAGUUAAAUGUUCAACUGCAGAUCAAUCAGCUGGUUCCGUAUGCAUUAUCCACUGUAAUUUUGGAUAUGUUGUUAAUGGAAAUAAUACUCAUGAAUGCAAAGUAGAUGGGACUUGGACUAAUUCUGUUGAAAUAUCUGAUGGUAAAAAAGUGUGCCAAUCUCAAUGUAAACCAUUAGUUCGUCCGAAACAUGGUGAAAUCGUUUGCAAAUUGAAUGACCUUGAAUUAAGUCACCAUCAAGGCUUGUAUGUUGAAACUACAAUAUGCAGAAUAUACUGUGACAGGAGAUAUGUUAUUGAUGGAUCAUGGAUGCGUGUCUGUGAGGAAUCUGGUCUUUGGUCCGGAGACAAUACAUACUGUUAUAAGGAACAACAGUUUCUUAUGUUUUUGUCAAAACCACUACACAACACAAAUGGGCAAUCGAUUAAAGUCUGCAUGAUAUCAAAACAAGAUAACACGAUUAUGAAGCUCAACAAUGAAGAAUGUGAUGCCAGUAAUCCUUUUCAUCGAUGGUCAUGGUAUCAUGAGAAAAAUUUGAAAAAUUCUGGAUCUGGAUACUGUUUAAGUGCUGUGUCGCCUGGUGCUGGUUUGCAAUUGGAAAUGACAAAAUGCAAUAUAACUGAUGAUAUACAACAUUGGUCAUGCAAAGGACCUUCACCUGAUGACAUUUGGUUUCUACGAAUGUCCAGUUACAACCUAUAUCUUGACUAUGGAUAUUCAACUGUUUCUAGUAUUUGGCUUCAUGAUUUAGAUUUAUACAACAAUGAGGAAGAAGAUAUUGUAUGGCAUGCUGAAUCAACUUCAGAUGAAUGGAGUACAAGUAAUGGCAAAUCUUCUCGGACUACAAUUUGUUCAAUGAAAAGCAAAACGGUUGGAGGAACAUGCAAUCCUUUGCAACCUAUAAGCGAUGGAGAGAUCUAUCCACGUAUUUGCAUGGGGCCAGAUAAAUUUGUUGUUGCUGGUUUAAUGUGUUUAUAUGAAUGUAAUGUUGGAUUUCAAUCGAAUACUCCAUUGAAUACAGUUGUGUGUCAAGACAACGGCGUCUGGUCCGGCCCACCUACAUCAUGCCAAAGAUAUUGCUCUCAGUUCAAGGUUAUGCCUAACAUGAUUGUGCACCCAUCCUCUUGUUUUGUAAUUGAUGAAGAAGAAUCAUUAGAAGAUGAAGUUGAUAAGAAAGGCAUCCCUAUAUCAGGAGUCUGUGUUUUCACAUGUCAGGAUGGAUACACUUUGGGUGACACAGGAGAGUUUACGUCGUCUUGUAUGGAUUCUGGUGUAUGGAGUCGUCAUCCUCCUGAAUGCAAACGUAUCUGCUCUAAUAUUAGUCCAAUGUCUCAUGCUUUUGCUUCACCGGCAUCUUGUUUUACUGAAGAACAAACUGAAGGUGCAAUUUGUAGACUUGAAUGUGAAAUUGGUUUUGGAAUAGACAUUGUUGACGUAUCUUGUUACAACGACGGCUUAAAUAAUAAUGAAAACUCUACGGCUCUGGUGAAUCGGUGUAAAACUAAAAAGGAACAAAGUUCAACUUUAAUUGGCAGUGUGACUAAAUUAUGCAUGGCUGAUGGUACAUGGUCUGGUAAAGAGGUGGAAUGUAUUUCAAUGUGUAAUCCUGUGGUUGCACCAAGGAAUGGUCAGGUAAUGCCGUUAUCAUGCUCAGAAAACUUUGUGAAAGAAGGUUCGACCUGCUCGUUUAUAUGUGACGAAGGAUUCGUUGUUAGUGGAAGUUCUUCUAAAGUUUGCAAAGCUGGGGUUUGGAUUUUGCCUUCCUCACUAACUCAAGAGGAAAAUGACGGAGAUGAUUUUGUAGUAUCUGCGGAACCACCCUCAUGUGAAAGAUAUUGUGUUUCUCCUACUCAGACUAAUAAUUUUACUUUUAUUACGCCUGCUACUUGCAUAAUGAAAAAAAUAUCAAUUGGUACAGUGUGUACAACUUCGUGUGAUUCUGAACAUAUAUUAGUUGGGGAAGCAUUGUCAACUUGUCUACUCGAUGGAACUUGGGAUAACAUUCCAGCUAAAUGCAUUGAAAAAUGUUCAGCAUUAAAACCAUUGGAAGAUGGAAAAGUGUUUCCACAUGUUUGUACAAUGACAAGCAUGGGAAGUGGAGCUGUUUGUGCCUUUUCAUGCUUUGAUCAAUACACACUUAUCGGAAGUGUCACUACAACAUGCAAUGCAACUGGGAUAUGGAGUACACCAAUGCCAGAAUGCAAAAGAAGAUGUUUUCCACUCACUAAAAUAUACAAUGGAGAAGCAAGUCCCCCCAAUUCUUGUUAUAGUAACCAUAUAACAGCUGGUGAAACUUGCUCCUUUUCUUGCAAUGACGGAUUCACUCUGGUUGGUAGUUCAUCAGCAACAUGUGGUGAAGAUGGCCAAUGGGAUAACACUGUGCCAAGAUGCAAUAAACAAUGUCCAGUACCUAAAAUAGAAAAUGGUACUUUGAAUUGUACAACUGUGGAUCUAAAACAAAUUCAAGGAAGAAAUGUGAUGGAUUAUGUGUGGGGAACAAAAUGUAAAGUUGUUUGCAACAGGGAGCUUUCUGCAUCAUCAGUUGCUGUUGUUACAUGUAAUAGCAGAGGGCAAUGGUAUCCUGACUUUCCUGAAUGCAUUGAAACUGGUGUGCCAAUGUACAUUAUGCAAUCAUUAGAUGGUAAUUCAAUAUGUCUGACAGAAAAUGAAAUCGGUGAAAUAGAAAAACUCGACAAACAAUCUUGUUUAAAAACAUCACUUGAUGGUACAACAUCUCAUCAGUGGCGUUGGCUUCAAAAUUAUAAUAUUCAGAAUUCUGCAACUGGACGAUGCAUUGCUGUUUAUAAUGUUCGAUCUGAUGAACCUUUAAUAACUCGGCCUUGUGAUACAGAAGACCCUUUACAGUGGUGGGAAUGUUCAACACAUAAUCCAUUUCGAUUGUUGCUUAGAGAUACAGCCUACUCUCCGAGUACUUAUAUAAAGAAUUCUGCCAAGGUGGUGUUGCAGUUGUGGAGUGAUGCUCACAGCUAUUUUUCGACACUGAGUUUAAGAACUAUUACUUUAUCCAGUUUAUGCUCGAGGAGACCAGGCGGGGCUUGUCCACCAUUGUAUGAUAUACCAGGAGGUAUUGUAGAUCCGCCAGAGAAAUGUAAAACCAUCGCUGUCGAAGAGGGAGAGAUAUGCACGUUUGAUUGUAUAAGUGAAACUGCAUAUGUGCUUGGUGAUGCUUUUACAUUGUGUAUGGGAAAUGGAUUGUGGAUGAAUCCUAUACCAACUUGUGUUGAGAGUUGUCCACAAUUGAUGGACACACUGCCAGGGAAUACUUAUUAUGAAGAUCCAGAUUGUGUGUUUGAUGAACCUCAUGUGGAUCAAAUAUGCAUUGCCAAGUGCUUAAAAGGUUAUGAGAUGAGAGGAAAUCCAGAACGAAAAUGUCUGGCAAAUGGUGAAUGGUCACCUCUGCGGUUUCAAUGUAGAAGAAUUUGUCCAGUCAUAUUCGGCAUUCUUGAUGGCAAAAUUGAUCCUCUGCCUUGUAGAAGUGUUUCUUGUACAUUCAGAUGUAACCCUGGUCAUGUGUUGUCUGGUCCAAAGAUUUUGAUGUGCUUGGAUAGUGGAGAAUGGGACAAACGUAUUCCUCAGUGCAUCAGAGAUGACCAGUUUCAAAUAAUAUCAAUGGCUGUGAAAAGCCAAUCCCUUUGUGUUACUGUGGAAGAAGAUAACUUGAUUGCAAAACAUAAAUGCAUGAGUACUGAUGCAUCGCAACUUUUCAAAUGGAAAUCUAAUUCUGAUCUUCUUCAGCAUGUUGAAUCUGGACUGUGUGUUACUGGUAGUGGUAGUAAAUGGGGCAAAAUAACAUUACAAGAUUGCGAUUCUACAAAUUCGUUCCAAUUAUGGGAUUGUGGAAGUAGCCCUCACUCAGAUAUAAACAGCUUGAGAAUCUCUGUAGGUGGUGAAACAUAUUAUUUGGAUGUCGGGGCUGAGGAGGAUGGCCACAGUCUUUCUGAGAAGAUAAUUAGACAUCGGCUCGUAAUGGAAACUCAAUAUCAUUUUUCAUCACAUUGGAUAGCAAAACAUUAUUUUAGUGAAGGAACUGUAUGUUCAAUGAAAGACAUCAAACAAUGCCCUCAAUUUGUCAUAUCCAAACACGGAAAAGUGUCUCCUGAUGAUUGCAAAGACCAUACCAAAGUGAAAGAGGGACUUGUUUGUCAUGUAUUAUGUGAUGUCGGGUUUUCCUCAGAAGCCACAACGCACUCUACCUGCCUGCAAGGAGGUAAAUGGACAUCUCCAAUGCCUGUUUGCAAAGAUGAUUACAAAUGUGAUAAACUUGUUUUAUCAACACCUGGAGUCGAAGUAUCACCGACUUCUUGUACUGAAGAUCCAGUGAACGAGGGUGAAAUUUGUUACUUUUCUUGUGCUCAAGGAUUCAGCUUAUCUGGAAGUAAAUCUGUGAAAUGUUUGAAUGGAGGUAUUUGGUCAAACAAUCCGCCAACCUGCUUGCAAACGUGUGGACCCUUAUUGUUACCAGACAAUGGGUGGGUUUCACCAUCCUGGUGUCUUGGUCAUAAUAAUAUAGCGGAAACUGAAUGCAGUUUUCAGUGUGAAGCUGUAUAUCAUCUGUCUGGUUCUUCAUUACGAAAAUGCAAACCCAGUGGUGUUUGGGAUGGAGUUGACACAAAAUGCACAAAAUAUUGCAAAAAUUUGCAAGCACCAAACAAUGGAAUCGUUUAUCCUACCAGAUGUAAAACAGAUGACAAUUAUGAAAAGAAUGUCUGUCAGUUUCAAUGUGAAAGUGGUUAUGUUCUGAGUGGAGCUUCCUCUCUGGUUUGUUCAAAUGGCAAUUGGAGUCAUCCUUUGCCGAGUUGUAUUCGAUUGAAUGCUUGUCCAUUGAUAUCUUCAACAAGGGAUUGCCCAAUGAACAUUGUUUAUCAUGAUUUAUAUAAAGAUGAAGCAGUCAUUCCUGGAUCACAGGUUUCUGUUAUAUGUGGUGCUGGAUGCAGUUUAGUCAGUGGACCUGUUUCAAGAAGUUGUAAUUCUGAUAACGAUUGGGAUGGAGGACUACCAGUUUGUGAAAAACAAUGUCCUGCAUUUAUGUCAAAAAUGGGUGUUUUGGUAAAACCAAGCAGCUGUGGACAACUGUGGCAACCAAAAGGAACAAAAUGUACUUUAACCUGUGUUGCUGGAAUGGUAUCUGAAGAUGAAAUUGCUGAAGUAGAUUGUACUGAUAAUGGAAAAUGGUCGGAAAUCAAUUUCAGUUGUCAAAACGAAGAUGGCAGAGGUAAUGAAUCUGUAAGCAAUCCUUUUCUGAUCCGACAGCGUUAUUCAAACGAUGUUCAUAUUUGUCUUCAGGCUAGUGUUACUAAUGAAUAUGUUGUUCAAGCAUCUGCUGCAUCAUGUUCAAAAAUUAAUUUAUCUCAGUUAUGGACUUGGUUUAAUUAUAAAUUGAUUCGAAGUGUUUCAUCUAAUCUAUGUUGGAGUCCAAUGAGAAGGGACGGAGGUAUUUUACUUGGGUUGGCUAAAUGUGAUCUUGAAGAUAGUGGCCAGGUGUUUACCUGUGGUGAUACUGAGCUUCAACAAUACAUGCUUCAUAUAGUGACGGAAAAAAUGGAAGUUUGGAAUAGUGGAUCGUCAGUUAUUCAACUUACUGCAUUGCCUGUUGACCAAGGCUUAGACUGGGAAGCAGUUGAAGUUGAUUCUAUGGAUAUGUUUAAGAGUAAUAACAAUAUGUCUCUUCAGAAUUCUGUAUGCAGGCAGAUGUGUGGUGGAGUUUUAUCCAGUGACAGUGGAGUAUUCAGUAGCCCAGGAUUUCCUUUGAAAUAUAGAUUGAAUAUUUUGUGUGACUGGACUAUUAAAGCUCCCGGGAAAAAAAUAUAUCUGUGGUUGCACAAUGUUGACAUUGGGAAAUCUAAACCAAAUGAAUAUGGAAGAUGUACUGAAGAUAGUUUAGUAAUUGUUGAUGGAGAUGACUCCUCACUGGAGAAUUCUAAUGUUCUUGGGCGAAUUUGUGGACAAUGGAAAACGACCUUGGGUCCAUUCAUUAGCAUGAAUGGGAAAAUGUUGAUUCGAUUCUUCAGCAAUAAUGACUUUGUUGCAACUGGUUUUUCAGCAACAUGGGAUACAGAGCAACUACCUGAGAAAUUAGCAGAUUGUGCAUCAGUAGCUGCACCAGCAUCUGGAAAAAAGAAAGGACGUUUGGUUGGUGGCACAGAAACUGAAGUAUCAUCAGUUCCUUGGCAUGCAAGUUUAAUAUCUCUUCAAGGACAACAGCAUCUAUGUGGUGCAACGUUUGUUCACUCACAGUACCUGAUAACAGCAGCCCAUUGUGUGUCAGAUUUAACAAAAGAAAGCAUGUCAGAUGUCAUUGUUGGUUAUGGAGGAUCAAGCCUGCGAAUCUUGCUGAAUCUUAUCCAUGUAUUUACGGCUCAAAACACAGACAACAAACAAUCAAUGAAUACAAGUGAUGGAGCAACUUUAGUGAGAAUUAAAGAUAUUCAUGUUCAUCCUGAAUUUGAUGACAACAUGAAUAAUGAUAUUGCGGUGAUCAAGAUUGCUGUUAAAUCUACUCUUGAUGCAUCAGUUGCAUGCCUUCCUUACCCUCAUGUGGUAUCGGAUUCCUCAAAUUUUGGUAGAAUAGAAAUAGCAAAGCAGUAUUGUAGAGUGGCUGGUUGGGAUGCAGAAGGUAACGGAGGUAUUCAACCACUUCAUUCAAUAGAACUACCAGUACUAUCUGAUGAUCAUUGUGAUGCAUUGUCAACAACAUCAUUUGGAAGAACAAUUAAUACAACUUCGAUAAUAUGUGCUGGGCAUUUUGAUGGAACGCAGCAAACUCUUUGUGAUGGCGAUGAUGGAAGUGCUCUUGUAUGUGAAUGGAAUGGAAACAACUAUGUUGUUGGAGUAGCAAGUUUCCAGGUUGCACCGUGCGGAAAACUCAAUGUGCCAAAGUAUUUUGCAAGAGUCGCAGCUUACAAAGAGUGGAUUUUGCAACAUUUCAUCAGUUAGAUUUAAAAGAGUAGUGAGAUGAAAAUUGUUUUUAUUUUGUUUCAAUUUUAUUGCAAACCACAUUGGAAAAGUUUUUCAAUCUGUGCAAUAAUUUUAUAUUUGAUUGCUAUGUCACUUGUUCAUUGGUUCGUUCGUUCAUAGAAAAAUAACUCGAUUUAUUCAUGGAACAUGUAUCAUGCGAAAAACUUAAAAUAUAUGUCUGGUAUGA